CCCAUCUCGUUGAUCUCGAGAAACAGUCCAUAAUCCUCGCUGUGUCUAAGAUGUGGUGUGCGAUUCCGUCCAUAUUUGCUGUGCUGCUCGGGUUCGUAACUUCCAGUUUUGAGCUACCGGUACUUCCUGUCUCGCAGGAUAUUCUAUCCCUGCCCUCAAUCGCGAGAAAAGAUGCAAAGGUGCUCAUCCUUGGCGGCGGCGUCUCUGGUGUUGUGGCCGCACGCACACUACAUGAGCAAGGAAUCUCCGACUUUCUCGUAGUGGAAGCGCGUCACGAACUUGGGGGCCGACUGAUGAGUCAUAGCUUUGGCUCACCCGGCCGUCGAUAUACAGUAGAACUCGGUGCCAACUGGGUGCAAGGAACGCAAAGCGGAUAUGGACCCGAGAAUCCCAUAUGGAGUCUUGCGAAGAAGCACAACGUCAGCACACGCCCAAGCCACUAUGUCACAAGUCUCACCACAUACGAUGACACUGGUGCUGUGGACUACCUUGAUGUGUUUGACGAUGCCGUAGGGAGUUUCGAGCGCCUCGUGGCAUCCGCAGGUAGCCGGGUUCCGAAAAGGCUGGUGGACAUGACCGCUCGCAGCGGCUAUUCGCUGACAGGUGCCAUACCUAUCUCCCGCCACGCGAUGGCGUCCGAGUACUAUCAAUUUGACUGGGAGUUCGGCACUACGCCGGAGGAGAAUUCCUGGCUAGCCUCAUCCUGGGCGCACAACUACACGUUCAGCCCAGACUCGGGAGGGUUUUCUGACGACAACCUCUUCUCCAUCGAUGAGCGCGGAUUCAAGGCAUUGAUACAAUCGGAGGCUGACGCAUUCAUCAAACUGAACCAGCUUCGCCUGAACUCGACAGUGAAGGUGAUAUCCUCGUCCAAGAGAGGAGUAACGGUCACUCUCGUCGACGGAACAAUAUUGAAAGCGGACUACGCAUUGUGUACGUUCAGUCUGGGAGUACUCCAGCAUGGAGAUGUGGCCUUCGAACCUGCCCUGCCUGCUUGGAAGCAAGAAGCAAUAUACAGCAUGACAAUGGGCACCUAUACGAAGAUCUUCUUGCAGUUCCAGGAGAAGUUUUGGUUCGACACCGAGAUGGCACUGUAUGCCGAUUAUGAACGCGGUCGGUACCCAAUCUGGCAGAGUCUCGAUCAUCCGGACUUUCUUCUCGGCUCUGGGAUCAUAUUCGUAACAGUAACAGGCGAGUACUCAAAGCGCAUCGAGUCGUUGCCGGACUCGCAGGUGCAAGAGGAGGUGCUUUCUGUUCUGAGAUCGAUGUUCCCUGACCGAGACGUGCCUGAGCCGUUGGACUUCUACUUCCAGCGGUGGCACAGCGACCCACUGUUCCGUGGAGCGUACUCCAGUUGGCCUGCGUCCUUCCUCAGCGAGCACCAGGGUAACCUGCGUGCGAAUGUCGACGAGAGGUUGUGGUUUGCUGGUGAGGCAACUAGCAGGAAGUACUUCGGUUUUCUCCAUGGUGCAUAUGCUGAAGGACUGGACAUGGGACAUACUCUGGCAGAAUGCAUCAAGGGUGGAGGUUGCCUUGGACUGGAGCACAUUGAGCACGUCCAGAAUGCGAGACCCUAUGUCGACGCGUGAGAGUGCAAUGUCUAUUACCUGCCAGACUUUCAUGCCUAAGCUUGUACAAUUGUAACUGUAGCAUUUCCACAUCCUUGAGGUACCAGCUUGGCCAA